CGGGUUAAAUAAUACUAAUCCUACCUUUUACCACUGCUCAACAUGCAUAUUAUACUAAUCUACUUCCUCUUAACAUUAUCCUUCCAUCACCUACAAGGUGAAACCCAAAAUGACGGCUACACUAUUAAUCUUAUACACCGGUACUCUCCCAUGUCUCCGCUAUACAACUCUGCCAUGACACUUGAAGAACGCUUCCAAAGGUUAGCACAUCACUCUGCUACAAGGCACAUCCGCCACAUUAACAACCUUAAAAGUAACUACUUUGAUACAGAUAUAAUCCCAAGUGACGGGGAUUACCUCGUUAAAAUGGUGAUAGGCAACCCACCUGUGGAUCUCUAUGCAAUUGCAGACACUGGUAGUGAUCUCAUAUGGGUUCAAUGCAAGGCUUGUGAUGUUUGCUACUCUCAAACCACAGAAAUGUUUGACCCUAAAAAAUCUAGCUCAUUUAAAACACUCCCUUGUAACUCGACAUUUUGUUCAAAUGAUCCCAACAUGCAGUGUGAUGAUGAUACAGGAACUGACUGUGAAUAUUUCUAUGCAUAUGGGAAUGGAUCAACUAUGAGUGCAGGGAUUAUGGGGACAGACUUGCUAACCCUUGAUUCAACCAACACCAACACCUCUUGUGUGUUCGGGUGUGGGUUAGUGCAAGACGGAGGUUUCGACAACAACGCCGGAGGAUUAGUGGGCCUUGGCGGUGGGCCUUUGUCGUUGGUUUCUCAGCUAGGCCCAACAAUCUCAAACAAAUUCUCAUACUGCUUAACACCUACCACCUCAAACUACACAAGUAGACUAACACUAGGAAACAGCCCUUCUACAACUGUGUCAAAACCAGCUGUUGUAACCCCUUUAGUAAACCAAGAUAACCCUACUUACUACUCAGUAAACUUAAAGGCCAUAAGUAUAGGACACCAGGAAGUGGAGGUGAAUAAAGAUCUUGUCAUUGACAGUGGCUCAACACUAACAUACUUAGACCCGGAUACUUACUCGCGUCUUGAGUCAAUAGUGAAAGCGCUCAUACCAGAAGAACCCAUGGAGAAUCCAUUACCAGGGUUUAAGCUUUGCUUUGAUAAGAAGACGGGGCUUAAAAUUGCGUUUCAUAUUAAUUUUAAGCUUAAUGGGGGUGAUGUUUUGUUAGUUGACUCUAACUUUUUCAUAGAGUUUAGUAAAUCUGUUUGCUUUUCAAUUGUGCCUUCAGAAGGAGAUGAUGACCCUAUGAUUUUAGGGAAUAUUGCUCAGGUUAACUUUGAGGUGGAGUUUGAUCUUAAAAGAAAGACUGUAUCUUUUACUCCAAGAAAUUGCACCCAAAACCCCUAAUUCACUUCACUCAGCUUCUUACAUGAAUGUACAAUUUGAAAGACAAUAAUGUGGUCUUCAUUACAAUUUGAAAAUAAAACAGACUGCUCAAGCUCA